CGCGUGUUUCUGCUUCUGCUUAUCUUCUUCUGCUCCCCGACCAGCCCCCCCAAAGCCACCGACUUCUUCCUCCUUUGAAAAACCGAGAAAUUUUCGGAUCUACUCUGCUCUUCCAUCCCUGUCCGUGAUUUGCUCUUGGUUGGGUGAGAAUGAAUCAUUGGUUUUAGGUAAGGAAACAGCCAUGAAUUCCUCUUUUCAUCCUUAAAUUGGCUUGGGUUCACUUUAAUUUCCUUUGUUUCCUUCAAUUGCCGGUGGUUCUCCUCCAAAAACCCGUCGGCUUCCUUCCCAGCCGGAACCGGCCUUUGCUUGCCGGAAAUUCUGGUUUUGAUCGUUCUGUCACCGUAGCACUUGGGUUAAGCCUUCUGUUCUGUGCGAGUGAGGAAGCGAAACUGAGGACAGGGAAACCAAGGGGAGUGACGAGGUAGAAGGCUAGCGAUUCUAAUUGGAUAUAAGUUUAGAUUUUAUCAUCCUUUUGUAAGGUAGAUUUUAUUCUUGAGAUUUUGUAUAUGAUUAAGUUCCGAGCCUUGUGCAUUUGUGGGACUCGUCUCACGAGUGCACGCGUCUGCCACGUCUCCGGAUUUGGGUUCUGGGGCGUGACAAUGACAAAACCCACAACCAGCAUCUCCCUUGACAAAACAAUCCCUCUCUUACACAAAUUCUCUUUACUAGUUAACCUAUUCAAAAAUAACUCCACCAAAAAACACUCAAUUUAGAAGGGACAUAUUUAUUCCAAAUAACCUUUAGCCCAUUUCUCAUAAAAAAUACAAGAUUUCGAUGCCAAAAACUCAUAAGCCGCCUUAACCAAAUAAAAACCAUCACUACUAUACACCCAUCUCGAAGAAUCCACUCCAUCUAUCCAUUAUUAUGCACUCAUAGUCCCUCUUUGAUUCAAGAUUUUAAUUGAUGAAACUCAAAUAGAUUUGAAGUUCUAUUAAAUGAAAGAAGAUCAACACUAUUCUUCUUCGAGUUCGAGGAAGAAAUUCAAAUUCAAUUUUGCCCAAGGAAUUCAAAUGCAAAGAAAGAGAUUGAACAUAGGCAGACUUACAGGGAGGAGAAAUGUAGCACUUGAAGCAUUGAAACAGUCUGUCGACAUCAUCCAUGGUGUCGUAGAAAAAAGAGAAGGCGUCGGAUGGGAGGAAGCAUAGGAGGGUAGCCACAGUCAAAUUUGUUACAUGUUGUUUGGAUUAGGGGUGUCAAACAUAAAAGGAAGAGAACGGAUGGGGACAGACAAUAAAGAAAGGGAAAGGAUGGACAUAGACGAUAAGGGAGGGGAAGUUGUCUCCUUUCUCAUGUUUGGAUUUGUAAAGAUGUAGAAGGGGAGAGAGAUUGACCAAUUCGAAAUCCCUCAACCACCCUCAAACCUCUCGAAUUGCAAUCCUCCAAUUUAGGGGGUUAGCAAGGAUUUUCUACAAUGUUCAAAUUGUGUAAAAGAUAAUUACAAAAAUAACCUUUUUAUCCAUUACCAUAAAUCAUCCUCCUCCUUCUUGCGGCCACAAAACCAAAGGAUUGAACAGAGCCAAAAAAUAGUAAAUACACCUCGAACACUUUGUUUUUUAGUACUUUCAAAGUUUUGCAAUAUUUUAUGUUAACAUACAUUGAUUUGUUUGUAAAAGAGAAAACUAUUAUUAAGAUCUGACAGAAUAUUGUUUUC